AUGUCUGGCCAACAGCCGCAGUACUAUCCACGUAUGUCUCCAGGCAUCACCACCAGCUUCACCAGCUUCACCAGCUUCACCCCACCAUCUCCAUCUCCAAAUACUGACUUGCGCCAUCAUCGCAGCUCCUCCCAGCGGGCCUCCAGGGCAAGGCGAAUAGUGCAUUCACCACCGCAGCAGCAGCAACAAUAUGCGCCCCCGCCUCAGCAACAGCAGCAGUACGCCUCUCCUCCGCCGCAGCAGCAAUAUGCGUCCCCUCCGCAACAGCAACAGUUUUCGCCGCCUCCCCAUCCUCCUCAGGGGACCCCCGGCUAUGCUCCGCCGCCGCAGCAGCAGCAUACGCCAGUCCAGCAGCAGUACCAACAGCCACCGCCGCAACAGCAGCAGCAGCAGCAGCAGCAGCCACAACCAGCACAGUUUGUUGGAGCCGUAUCGACGACCGAUGACGUUGGAACCUUCAACGGGGGAAGCUAUCGCAUCAGUCACCGAGACUCCAAUACUAUUCUGACUAUCCAGCUCGCCAAUGGUGCCCCCAUACAUGCUAAGCCAGGUGCCAUGGUUGCCAUGUCUCCAUCAGUCACCCUCAAGGGCCACAUCAAAUUUAGCGUCAAGAAGAUCAUUGCCGGUGGAGAACUCUCCAGCUCUACAUUCACGGGACCCGGAGAACUAAUCCUCGCGCCCUCAUCUCUGGGAGACAUCACAAGCAUCAGACUAAGCGGUAACGAGACGUGGUCGGUAGGAAAAGAUGCCUAUCUGGCUUAUACCCAAGGCAUCAACAAAGACUACAAGCGCCAAGGUUUGGGCAAAGCCAUCUUUAGUGGAGAAGGUCUCUUUGUCUAUAAGAUAACGGGAACCGGCCUGCUUUGGGUUUCCAGUUUUGGUGCCAUCAUCAGAAAAGAUCUUGCGCAAGGCGAAAAGUAUAUCGUAGACAACGGCCACCUGGUGGCGUGGAACACAAGCUAUGUCUUGGAACGCGUCGCUUCAGGCGGCCUUAUCUCCGGCUUGUCUUCUGGGGAAGGCCUCGUUUGCAAGUUUACGGGCCCCGGCACCGUCUUCAUGCAGACUAGGAACCCACAAGAAUUUGCUGCUUUUAUUGGUGGCGUCGCUCCUCAAGAUGUUUAG